AAUCUUGUGCUGUGGCUCCUUGCAGCAAAGAGUUGUUUGAGCCGAUUGCACGUUUGUGUCAAGCACCGACCGCUCACCAUCGAAGCGAACAAAGUGACAAGUAGUACCUUCAGACUGAUGUCGUAGGGAAUGAGUGGCUUCAUUCAGAACGAUGGCAACCUACGGUUUCUUGAUAUACGGCCUCAUAUCCGCAAUACAAGCAGGGGCUCUGGCUCAACGUCGAUGUUCAUUCGACCCCGCCUGGAAUCCAAUGCUCCGAUCCGCGACGGUCAAGGAGAACGCUCGCGUCUGCUCGGUUCGCAACCGCUUCUUUUAUGAUGACACCGCCGAUUUCCACUUGCAUACGGCCGCAGAAUGUUUCUUCUACACGAACGCCAAGCAUCUGAAACGGCGGCCUUGUCUCGCCAUACCGUUCGUAUGUCUGAACGGAGACGCGCGGAGCUUCAACGAAGGCGAUUGUCAUAUACCGGAAACGGAAGAAAAAUCCAGUACCCUCUUCCGCGCGGUAGAGAGCAUCUCUGGAGCAGGUCUACGAUGGGUAUCCUGUGUCAAGCACGCUGUCGAAUGUUGCCAGCGGACUCAGACGCGUUUGGGAGCUACACCACAAGGGCACUGUCCAGGUACCUGGGACGGUUUGACAUGUUUCGAAGAUGCGCCUGCGAACUCCACGGUCGGAAUGCCGUGUCCUGGAUUCCUGUACGCCUCUGCGCCGAAAUGUACAUACGUAUCAACGAGGCGGUGUCUAUCAGACAGUACUUGGUACCGGAGAAACACGACAAAUAACGAAGAGUACACGGACUACAGCGGCUGUACGCCCAAGGAAGGAAAAGGUGAAAUCGCCAGCGUGUACUAUUUCGCUAUUGUGCUGUUCACGCUAAGCGUCGUGUUCUGCUUACCAGCAAUAGUGAUAUUCAGCUACUUCCGCUCGCUACAAUGUCAACGGAUUACCAUGCACAAACACUUAGUCACAUCGGUGAUGCUAUCAUCUCUCAUGCAACUCAUAGAUCAUUGCGUACUCACUCUUCCUGAAGUCUCUCAACAGGGAUCCACCGAAAGUGAGUGACGAAACGGCUCAAUUACUUUCUAGUGGUGGUGCAAGCUCUUGCAAGUGCUCCAGAAGUAUUUUUGGUGCUCUCAAUACACUUGGAUGCUGUGCGAAGGAUUCUAUCUGUAUACUCUCGUAACACAAGCAUUCGUGAGCUAUUCAACCUUGGCUAAGUACUACGUUCUCGGUUGGGGAAUGCCCGCGCUCUUCGUGCUCAUCUACGCCGUCUGUAGUGCGGUGUUUGCUAAUGCUGAUUGCUGGCGGUCCAUAACAAUUUACGACUAUAUCGUAACGGGUCCUGCCACGCUUUGCCUCAUGCUGAACGUUGUUUUCAUGAUCCGAGUGGUGUUCGUAAUCGCUGGGAAGCUACAGGGUCCAGAGAAUGCGGAAAACUUCCAGGAAAACAAUCUCAGACGGAUAUUCCGCGCUUGCCUCAUUCUGAUACCGCUGUUCGGAGUGCACUUCGUGGUCUCGAUAUUCGCCUCGGGAGCCGCCUGCGCGAACAAACUCCUCACGUCCUACAUAUCCUGGUUCUGCGUAAGCUCUCAGGGAGUUUUCGUUUCACUCGUGUUGUGUUAUCUCAACGGGGAGGUUCAAUAUCAGCUCAAGAAGGCAUAUUACCGUCUAACGGAUCAACGUCAGUUCGAGCUCGUGAUGCAGAAGCCCAGUGCUGAUGCAAGGAUGUCGAUGAUCACGAUGCAUAGCGACGCUUCGUCGGGCUUGCUCCACAGGGCGUCCAUCGUCUAGCUUGCAAACUCGAAAUGACAGCUAGUGGGUGAGCUCAAAUGAAAAACUGCUCGAGUCCCCUCGAAUCGCAGAACUUCAAAUCCGAGUCACAGAAUAGACAUCCUCCAGCCGGAAGGAGGGAGAUGCUCACAUUGUUUCAGUUCAAGGCGAUCUCAAUUGGUGGCCCUUCGUAAUUAAGGAUCGUAUAUCCGGAUUUAGCAGAUUAGGAAAAUCGUAUGGAAUCAUUAUUGUAAUAUUUUGGAGAACUUUUCGAGAGCUCUAGUCAAUGUUGAUAGUCAAAGAUUGUCAUGAUGAGAAUAAUCCAGAGGAGGACCCAUUUUCCUUCCCUCAUGCUCCAGUGGAGUUAGAAGCGGUCGAUGCCGGUCGUUGUGUUCCGAAACGAACGAUGAUCGUCGACGUCCGGAAUUCGUCAUACUCCAGACCUUUCAGCACCCGUUUGGGAAUUGAGGUAACCGGGACGAAUCGCCCAUGAACCCUUGGGUACACCAUUGUGAUGAUAACGACGAGAGAGAAUGAUUUCACAUCAUAAACAAGGUUAAU